AGUGCGAAAGUGACAGUUGAUGGGAGAGCGUCGCGUCCAGCGCAACACCGCACGGCAGACACACUUUAGGCGAGUGGCGACGCGAUAAGUGAAAGCAAACAAACGAAAGAAUAAAUGUUAACACGCAAACAACUACAGAAGCAAAAACAAAAAAAAAAAACAUAAAAAUAAUUUCGUGUAAACAAACAAGCAAAAUCAAUUUAAUAACAAUAAAAAAUUGAAAAAAAGGGUGUCACGUUACAUGUGUGUAAAUACAAUAAUGCUGUCAUCAUCAAAGUCAUCUGUGUGUUUGUUGCUGUUGUUGGCGAUUACAGAACUGCUUUCGUUAGGCGCUGCAAUGAAGAUGCGACACAUACACGAAACAACAACAAUAGCAACAGAGAUAGAAACGCUGCUGCCUACAACAACAACGACGACACCGGCAACCACAACGAAAACAACAACAAUAACAACAACACAGAAAUCGUUGCAAAGCAGCCCGCCAAGUCAGCACAAUAUUGAAGAUUACGGCAAAAGCGUGAAAAUCAUUUUCCCAACCAAUGACGAUUCCGAGGACAACAGAAUAUUCGAUGUUUAUGGUUUGAAGACAACACCACCGCCACCAAAUCAGGAGGUAGUGAAAACAGAAGAUAAAAUGAACGCAACCGAAGCAACCAUUAUUACAACUACAAAAUCAACAACGGACGGCGGGGAUUCUGUUUCGAAUUCAACUAUAAAAUCAGUUGAAGACCGUAUCGGUGUUCUCAAUUUGGCACCACACUGUCCCGAAGGAACCGUGAUAGUGAAUCAGCGCUGUCAUAAAUCAGCCUAAUGAUAGAAAAAGUGAAAUUGCAUACGUAAAAAUAUGAUACUUUUAUUAAAACUUCGAAAUACAUUUUAAUUGCUUCUAA